AUGGCGAUAGAAGACGUGUCGCUCGCUGGGUCAGAACCAGAACUCGUCAUGGGCGACGAGAGUGACCCAGAAGAAGUCGACAUCUCAACAGUCGACACAGACAUCAUGACGCCGCAUCUUCGACAGCGCGCACCCUUGUAUGGCCCACCUCGGCCGCCGCAUAUGCAACAGGCUCCUGCAGACUUUGCCGGUAUGCCUAUGGAAGACCCCUUUGCGAUCUUACAGCAGAUGGGCAUAGGACAGAGAGGUGCAGGUGGCGAUCCAUUUGGUUUCAGCGGUGGUCAAGGCUUCCCUCAGUCACCGGCAGGCAUGUCUUCACAUCAGCAGCAACAGCAAAAGCAGCAAACAGAAGCAGCGCAAAAGACCGCACGGACCAACAAGCUCUGGCAAGUUUUGCAUCUAAGCGCCAUUGCUCUCCUUGUCAUUUUCUUGCGCCGCGAAAGCAUUCCCAGCUAUGGCUUGCGUGCUCCAAGCAAAAUCGGUGGCCAAGCUGAGCCUAUCUUUUGGUACUGUGCCACCAUUGAGCUCAUCCUGCAAACGCUUCGCUUCUUUAUUGGCGGCGCACAAGUUCAAGGCAGUAUGAUUGCUACAAUGGCGCUAUGCUCCCACCCCCAUACAACGUCUACGCCAUGGUACUCGCACGCUACAGUCUCAUAUUAA